CUGGUUUUAAGAUUUAAUAUACUUGUGUUUAUGAUUCAUGUAUUAUCAAAGAAGUAUUAUCUUCAAUCUUUAACAAAUAAAACAAGUUUCAUAAACUGUAGGACCUUUGAUAACCUUUCUAGCAUUUCAAGAUCUGAGAUUUGACUUUCCUAUUGAGUUUCUUUACAUUCCAACAUCAAACAUGAGUGCUCGUGCUUUGGGAAAAAUUAUUAUUCAAAAGGUACUCACUGAAAAUGUACAUAUCAAACACAAGUUAGCAGCAAAUGUGAGGCUUCUGAGUACACCAUCAGGUAUUUAUGAAUACAUAAAUGUCACUAAAACCGGAUCCAACGGCAGCGUCGGUCUCAUCCAACUGAACCGACCCAAAGCGCUGAACGCCCUGUGCAAUGGCCUCGUCAAUGAAGUGGGCCAAGCUCUGGAUAUCCUGGAGGCCGAUUCCUCAGUGGGAGCCAUCGUCAUAACUGGAAGCGAGAAGGCUUUCGCGGCAGGGGCAGAUAUCAAGGAGAUGGCCAACAAAACCUACUCGGAAACUUAUUCGGAGAAUUUUACACAGAACUGGGCUAGAGUAUCUACCGUUAGGAAACCGGUUCUAGCGGCCGUUAAUGGUUUCGCUCUUGGCGGUGGUUGUGAGUUGGCCAUGAUGUGUGACAUCAUUUAUGCCGGAGAAACUGCCAAAUUCGGUCAGCCAGAGAUUUUGUUGGGUGUUUUACCAGGAGUUGGAGGUACUCAAAGAUUGACGAGAGCAAUAGGAAAAUCCAAAGCUAUGGAGAUUGUUUUGACAGGAAACCAAGUGCCCGCUCAAGAAGCCGAGAAAAUGGGUUUGGUUAGCAAAAUUUUCCCCGUGGACCAACUCGUGAACGAGACUGUAAAGAUCGCCGAAAAGAUUGCCAGUAAUUCGCAGCUUGCUAAUGCUGCAGCCAAGGAAUGUGUCAAUGUGGCCUUCGAGACCACUCUUACAGAAGGACUACAUUUCGAGAAAAGGAUGUUCCACGGAUGUUUUGCCACCAAGGAUCAGAAAGAAGGAAUGGCGGCUUUCAUUGAGAAGAGGAAAGCUAACUUUACAAACGAAUGAUAGUAAACU